CCCAUCGCUGCUCUCCUCGUCUCCUACCAACCCCCGGGACUCUCGAGAAGCGAAGGCGAGGGCGAGAGAGAGAGAGAGAGAGAGAGAGAGAGAGAGAGGUUGUGGGAUCUGGAGCUUGGAAGGAUGCAGACGAACACGAUGAAGCUCUCUGUGGUGGAUCUCAUGGCGUCGAUCCUCACUGGCGGUGAUGGCGUGUCGCUUGAGGCGGCCGGUGCGGAAAGGGUUCUGGCUAUUAUCGCCACGAUGGGUGCGCUGGUGGUUGGAUGUUUGGUUCUUGUUGUUUGGAGAUGGUCGGCUGGGCGGAAGCCCAGCAAGCCGUUGGAGCCUCCUAAGCCGCUUGUUGUUCGAGACGAGCCUGAUGAGAUCGAUUCCGAUGAUGGCAAGAAGCGUGUGACUGUUUUCUUUGGUACUCAGACUGGGACCGCCGAGGGUUUUGCGAAGGCGUUGGCGGAUGAGGCAAGGGCGCGGUAUGAGAAGGCAACAUUCAAAGUUGUUGAUUUGGAUGAUUAUGCGGCGGAUGACGAUGAAUAUGAAGAGAAGAUGAAGAAGGAGGCGAUAGCUUUAUUCUUCUUAGCAACGUAUGGAGAUGGUGAGCCAACUGACAAUGCUGCCAGAUUCUAUAAAUGGUUUACUGAGGGGAAAGAGAAGGAGGUUUGGCUUUCAAAUCUCCAGUAUGCUGUGUUUGGACUUGGCAACAGGCAGUACGAACAUUUCAAUAAGGUUGCGAUAGUUGUGGAUGAAGUUCUUGCGGAUCAGGGUGGGAAGCGACUUGUUCCUGUUGGACUUGGAGAUGAUGAUCAAUGCAUUGAGGAUGAUUUUAAUGCAUGGAAAGAGCUGGUCUGGCCAGAAUUGGACCAGUUGCUCCGGGAUGAAGAUGAUGUAUCAGGCACAGGCACCACUUAUACAGCUGCUAUACCUGAAUACCGUGUUGUGCUUAUUGAUUCUGCAGAAGCAACACAUUUGGAAAAGAGUUGGAGCCUUGCAAAUGGGCAUACUGUGCAUGAUAUUCAACACCCAUGCAGGGCUAAUGUUGCUGUGAGGCGUGAGCUUCAUAAACCAGCUUCUGAUCGUUCAUGCAUACAUCUGGAGUUUGAUGUUUCUGACACUGGACUAGUGUAUGAGACAGGAGAUCAUGUUGGUGUAUUCUCUGAGAACUGUAUUGAGACUGUGGAAGAGGCAGAAAGGUUAUUAGGCUGUUCAUCAGACACUUGCUUCACCAUUCAUGCUGACAAGGAAGAUGGCACACCACUUUGUGGUGGAUCACUUGCGCCUCCUUUCCCAUCUCCAUGCACUUUGAGAACCGCACUUACGCGAUAUGCUGAUCUUCUGAAUUCACCUAAGAAGGCUGCUUUGCUUGCUUUAGCUGCUCAUGCUUCUGAGCCCAGUGAAGCUGAAAGAUUAAGGUUUUUGGCUUCUCCUGCUGGGAAGGAUGAAUAUUCUCAAUGGAUUGUUGCGAGCCAAAGGAGCCUCCUGGAAGUUAUGGCUGAAUUUCCUUCAGCAAAGCCUCCACUAGGUGUUUUCUUUGCAGCAAUUGCACCUCGCUUGCAGCCCAGAUAUUAUUCUAUAUCUUCUUCACCAAGAAUGGCACCUAAUAGAAUUCAUGUCACAUGCGCAUUGGUGUAUGGGCCAACUCCCACGGGAAGGAUACACAAAGGAGUCUGUUCAACUUGGAUGAAGCAUUCUGUUCCCUUGGAGGAAAGCCAAGAAUGCAGCUGGGCUCCCAUUUUUGUGAGACAGUCAAAUUUCAAACUUCCUGCGGAUACAACUGUACCAAUUGUCAUGAUUGGACCUGGUACGGGGCUGGCACCUUUCAGGGGCUUCUUACAGGAAAGACUUGCACUGAAGGAGUCUGGAACUUCACUUGGACAUGCCAUUCUUUUCUUUGGCUGCAGGAACCGAAAAAUGGACUUCAUCUAUGAGGAUGAGCUGAAUAAUUUUGUUGAAGCUGGUGCACUCUCUGAGCUUGUUGUGGCAUUCUCUCGGGAAGGGCCAACCAAAGAGUAUGUGCAGCAUAAGAUGAUCCAGAAGGCAUCUGAAUUGUGGGACAUCAUCUCUAAAGGUGGUUAUCUUUAUGUGUGUGGUGAUGCUAAGGGUAUGGCUAGAGAUGUUCAUCGUGUCCUUCAUACUAUAGCCCAAGAGCAGGGAUCUCUCGAUAGCUCAAAGGCUGAAAGCAUGAUCAAGAGUCUCCAAAUGGAAGGAAGGUAUCUACGCGACGUGUGGUAAGCUCUAUACAAUGCACAAGGGGUCUCUCAAAGGAGAGCAGAGAAAACAACUCCCAAUCUGACAAACUUUAACUGCAAGGAAUCAGGAACCUUGAGGAAAACUAAGUUGGUUCCAAAAUUGAGAAUCCCCUCUUCUCAUGUGUUUGUUUCUAUUAUUGUUUAAUUAGAGAGUCAAUUCUUUUGCCUGUCUAACAAGGAUGAAGAAUCAUGUAAGAUAGCCAAAUUUGCCGUGUUUAUCAGUAGGCUUGUUAUUCAUUGAGACAGAAUAAGAACUUAUAUAUAUAUAUAUAUAUAUAUAUACCCGUAGGUUUAUCCACGAGGAAGUGAAAAAUGAGAAUCUCUAUAUAGACACUGAAUUUAUGUAAUAUAAAAUGGUUGAAUCAACAAGAAGUUUUGCGGCUGUUAA